UGAAAAUAUGAAGAAAAAUAGCCAUGGGUCUAUGUGGAUUCUUUUAAUAUCCAAAGGAUGUUGGUUUGUCCAAAAUUAAUACUGCUGGGGCUCUGGUUCCUGACAGCUACUUAUGGAGGUGACUGCCCAGUAAAAUGUAAAUGUAGCAAUCUGGACAAAGGUGCACUAAAAGUGGACUGCAGUUUUGGAAACUUGGAUAGUCUUCAAUCCUUCCCGGAGGAAACAGAAGAAUUGCUAUUGCAGGAGAACAAACUCACAACAAUCCCCGCUGGGGCCUUUGACAACUUAGUGAAUGUAAAAAAGUUCAAUUUAACCUCCAACCCACUGCAUUGUGACUGCAAUAUCUGGUAUUUAAUUAUGUGGCUUUCUGAUGGAGACAUGGAAGUAGACAGCGGAAUGAAAUGCGUCUCCCCUACAUCAAUGUACGGGAAGCCACUGAGCCAGUUAGUAGGAAACCAAAUCGCCUCUUGCUCGAGGCAUAAAAGACUAUGCUCAGACUUUCUAUUUAAUGAUGCUUUUCUUUAUAUUUUAUUAUUCCUUUUGUUGUUCCUAAUGAUCCUGUGCUUGAAAACUUUUAAAAAGAUAAAAUUCAAAAUUAAAAUAAGCGACAGUACCACUGAUUCUAGGUUGCAUCGCUAUUCAAGAGUCAAUUUCCUGAAAAGAAGAAGAUCGUAUUCCUAUUGGAAGCACCGGCUGAAAUCAGCCCUACAUCGGCUGAGA